UCGUCUUGAACCGUACAUAUACGAAAGAGGCCGAGCUGGAGCGGAGCUGUCCGGAACAUCCGGCUGUAGCUUCUCAACAUAAACAGCAAUGGCGGAGGCAGCAGCAGCGUCUACGGCGGCUUCACCAGGAACAGGAGGUUGGACCAAACACGUAACCUGCAGAUAUUUCAUGCAUGGUCUUUGCAAAGAAGGGGAGAACUGUCGCUAUUCCCACGAUCUGACCAACAGCAAACCCGCAGCCAUGAUUUGCAAGUUCUUUCAGAAGGGAAACUGUGUGUUUGGGGACCGUUGCAGGUUUGAACACUGUAAACCAGCAAAGAACGAGGAGUUGCCACCCAACCAGACGCUGCCGCUGCCCUCUGUCUCGCUGGCCGGCUCUUCAGACCCAGAACCCAGUGGGCCGACACCUGGUUCAGGGGCACAAGACUGGGUCAACGCUGCUGAGUUUGUUCCUGGACAGCCGUAUUGUGGACGGGCUGAGCCAGUGAAGGGGGAGAGCUCCGUCCCUCUCAUUGAGGAGUUUGACAGUGAGGCAUCGCAGGACAACAAAGAGUUGAGGAAGCAGCUCUGUCCAUACGCAGCCGUUGGAGAGUGCCGCUACGGAAUCAACUGUGCCUAUCUCCACGGCGAUGUGUGCGACAUGUGCGGCCUCCAGGUGCUCCACCCCACUGACAACGGCCAGCGCUCCGAGCACACAAAGGCAUGCAUCGAGGCCCAUGAGAAGGACAUGGAGAUUUCAUUUGCCAUCCAACGCAGCAAAGACAUGAUGUGCGGCGUGUGUAUGGAAGUUGUGUUUGAGAAGGCCAAUCCAAGCGAGCGCCGUUUUGGCAUCCUGUCCAACUGCAGCCACUGCUACUGUCUAAAGUGCAUUCGCAAGUGGAGGAGUGCCAAGCAGUUUGAAAGCAAAAUCAUCAAGUCCUGCCCAGAGUGUCGAAUCACAUCCAACUUUGUCAUCCCAAGCGAGUACUGGGUAGAGGACAAGGACGACAAGCAGAAACUCAUUCAGAAAUACAAAGACGGCAUGGGGACUAAACCGUGUCGAUACUUUGACGAGGGUCGUGGAACGUGUCCUUUUGGCUCAAAUUGCUUCUACAAGCACGCCUUUCCUGACGGACGGCUGGAGGAAGCUCAACCUCAGCGAAGACAGACCGGAUCCAACAGCAGGAAUCGGAAUUCGAGGCGAACGCCACUGUGGGACAUUUUCGACGAGCGGGAAAGCACCGACUCCUUCGACAACGAGGACGAGGAGAUGGUGACGUUCGAGCUGAGCGAGAUGCUCCUCAUGCUGCUCGCCGCGGGAACCGACGACGAGGUGACAGAUUCCGAGGAUGAAUGGGACUUGUUUCACGAGGAACUGGACGAUUUCUACGAGAUUUACCUAUAGCAGUCCCACCUACGAACCUCCCCACCCUCCAUGUAUACUAGACACUAGAAUGGACUGUCUUGUGCGAGUGAUGGACAGUAGCUUUUCCCCCCCUCCCCUGUAUUGUGGCAGUGCCUUUAAGCAGGCCAUUAAUAAAUGAACUUAUAAAAGAUGAAAAAAAAAAAGAAAAAAAAAUUCCAACAAGUCAGUGCGCUCGUGCUAAACAUUUUCUAGACAUCUAUCCUUGUGGGUCUAUCUCGUGCGGUUCAUGUUAAAAGGAAAAAUAAUAAAAUGACAAAAAGAACUCAAUAUAAAAUUUAACAAAUUAUAACUUUCUUCAAAUAUUGCUAAUAAACAUUGUCAAGUUUAUUUGUGGGUGUGGGUUUGACUUGUUUAUCAUCUACCCAGGUGUUAAUACGUACUUCUGAGACUCUGAGGAUGCACUCAAACUUACUCGGCACCAUUUACUGUAAUUGUGAUGGGCAUGUUGUAAGAUUUUACAUACGGUUUUUGAAGGCCGGAACUUCUUUUUUUUCUUUAUUAAAGCUGCUAAUAGCCAAUAUAUUGUGCUGAUGUUUAACACAUUUACCAUAAUCAUUUUCAUGUUGUACUGAAAAGAAUUUACCGUGUUCGAUUGUAAUGGAACACAAACUGUCCAUCACAGCCCAAACAACUAAACACUUGUAAAGUUCAUGGCUUUCUAAAGCAGGAUGACCACCAGCCCUGAUCCUGAUCCUUUCUAACUAGAGACUGAAAUAUCAGCAAGCCAGUUUAAUCAGCAAAUGUUUAAAAUGCAGCAAUAUGAAAACCUCAGAAUGCAGAAAAAGUUGCUUGGGUAAAAAAGAAAUAGCGUCAUGACAUAGUCCGUCCAGCAGAUUACAAUGCAGUCAAGUAGCACUGAAUAAGAGACCAAAAGUGCUGUCAACUCUGUAUUGUCAUUCAACACAGGGGACUAGAGCUUAGUCACUAUAGCUAAAAUAUAGCCGGUGUCAAGAAAAGUUCCAUUUGAACUAAAAACAUUAUUAUAUAUCUCGAACAUUUCAGUUAAUUAGCAGCUCAUCAAAUAUGUUGUGAAUUAAAAAAAGUUUAAAAUAUUUCCACUUCUCAGGCAGGUUUUUUUUUGUUGUUGUAAAUUAAGUAAAAAUUCUCAAGCUUACUAAUGUGAGCCCACAGCGUGCUGCUCAGUGCUGCCCCUGUUGUCUGUCAGCUAUACUACUGAACAAAAUGGUACUCACCUUUUAUAUAUCUUCAGGCCACCAGUGGCAGCACCGAGCACACUGCUGUUACACAUUUUAUGAGCGGCUCAGUGACUGAAAUGUCUCGGUAGGUCUAUCUGCGGGUGCACAGUACAACAGGACACGCCCUCUAAAUGGUCGCAGUUUGGUUAGGUUUAGGCCCAAAAAUUACUUGACAAGGUUUAGGGACAAAUAGUAGUUGGUGAGGUUUAGAGCCAAAAAAGCACUUUCUUGAGAUUAGGGACAAAAAAAAAGCACUUUGUUGAGUUUAGGGACAAAAAAGUACUUGGUUGGGUUUAGGGACAAAAAAGUAGUUGGUUAGGUUAACAGAGAGAAACUACACAGUUAGAUUUAGGGCUAAAACUAUGCCAUUAGGUCUAGCAGCAAACACUACUUGGUUAGGUUGAGGGACAAAAACUACAUGGUUUGGAUUACACUGGCAGUUAUUUCAGGGGGCGUGUCAUGUAGUAAAGUGGGUGUGUUGUAGUAAAUGGGCAUGUCAUGUAGGCUAUGAGACUGGGUGUCAGGGUUAUAAACACACUGUUAGACAGGUCCUGGAUCAGGGCUAGGGGCCAACCUGCUAAGUUGCCAUGGGCUAAGUGACUCCUAGUUUCCUCUUCUCUCUCUUUCUCUCUUUUACCCUCACACCUGUGCACCUAUUGAAGUGGUCUGGGACUCAUUCAGCUUUUGAAUGAUGAAUGAAUAUAUUGUGCAAUUUAAGUGAAAUGUUACAUCAGGAUACUUUUGUUUUACUACAUGUGGCCCAAUUGGCUCCAUACACCAGUAAACUGCUACAUCAAAUGGAUAAAAGAAAGACUUUAUUUAAAAGCUUUUCCCCUCCACCAUCCUGAAUCUCAGCAUCCAGGAACACCUGUGGUACCAAAGGGCAAGUCCUUCCUCAGAACCAGGCUAAAGAGUCGACACUUAGAACUAUUCAGCAGACUCACAGUGCAGAGAAUCCGGAGCUGAGAGACUUUAAAUUUCCCACAACACCAGUGUGGAGUGUAGAUUCACUGCUCUCUGUUGGCUUCACUGAGUAAUGCUUUGCUGUUGAGACUCAUCCACAGACUCCUGAUAGCUGGUCUCAACCUGUUAAACUCCAUCGGAAUGCAUAUGUUUAUACUGAAAUGUGUGUUUUCUAUGUUCCACAGCCAUCCAUCUUAACUUGAAAUUAAAGUUUAUUAUCAAUCUC